AUGGUUGCGACUAAAAUGGGUGCCUCAGCCAAAUGCCACCAUCAACAUGGUACUGCAACAGCCAGAGAUUUUGCAAAUGAACGAUGUUUCCUGUUGUGCAAGACUUCUGGCCUUGUGGAUGACCCAUUUCUGUCCCACUAUCUGUUUGCAGAGGAACUGGUCCACACUAGCAGCCCCAGGUGGCAAUGGGAUCUAAUUCUGGAAUGGGAGAAACAUGGCACUUGUUCAGAGUCAGUCCUGAGGCUAAAUGUUCGUUUGCAUCUUCCCCUUUAUGUACCAUUGCUGAUAUUUUUUUGCAAGGAUUUAGAGGUCUUGUAG